UUUUUUAUUUCAUUUUUUUAUCUCCGAAGUUUAGGGCCGAAUUCAAAUACGUGAGUUCGUGUAAUAUCGUGAGUGUUUAUGACGCUUAUUCUCUUGACUCCACUUCAUCCCUGGCCCAAAUAUAAUACAACACAACAAGAGAGACAGUAAAAAGAGUUCUGCUGCUAUCGCGAAGCAAAGCAAAGCAAAGUGUCGAGCGUGCUUUGGCCUCGUAGAUGUGUCUGUCCCUUUCUUGUCCAGAGGUUAUUAUUCUUUUUAUUUUUUAUUAAAUUUAAUCAACAUCAACAUAAUCAACAAUAACAGCUUCUUUAAAAAAUCUACAAAAUGGCCAAAUUACUCCGAAAUAUUUAAUUGUCAAAAUUUACUCCAAAAAGUGCAUAAAAAGUGAAUGUCAGUGUUAAAUAAUUUACAAAUAAAUCAUUUGUAAAAAAUUCAUAGGAACUUAAUAUUUAUCAAGUUAUAAAAUGAUUAUCUUGUGCUAAUUGAUAACACAAUCAGUUCGAGAUGGAAUCGACUUUAGCUUGUCCGUCAAAGUCAGAAAAUACUAAUGACCAAGAAGAAUUCACCUCAGUGAAUUUACCAACAACAACAACAACAACAACAAUAAAUUUGGAAAAUUUACAAGAAAAUAUUAAUAAUGAAAUUAGUAAUAAUGUUAAUGAAUUAUCAUCAGAGCCAAGCAAUCAUCAUGACGAAAAUAUUAAUGAAAAUAAUAUCAAGGUGACAAAUAUUGAUAAAUCAUUAUUGUCAACAAUUAAUGCAAUAAGUGAUGAUGAUGAUGAUGAUAAUAAUAUUAGUAAAAGUGAUGAUUUUUCAACAAUAAAUAAUACAGAAUUAAAAGUAAUUGGUGUUGAAAUAUCUGAUGAAGAAAUUAAACAAUUAAAAAAUGAUAUACAUAGAUUAUCACCAGUAUCAGUUAGUCUUCAUGAACGAACACUUGGUGAAAUAUUAUUAACAUCAGAAACUGGUGGUGGUGGUGGCAAUGGUGAUGGUUGUAAAGAUGAUGGUGGUGAUGGUGUUAUUGAAAAUGAAUUAAAUAUAAAUAAUAAAAAUAUUAAUAGUGAAAAUAUUAUAAAUAAUAUUGAUAAAUUUGAAAUUAAUAAUUACAAUAAUAUUAAUGAUAGUAAUAAUGAAAAUAUAAAUGAUACAAAAUUAAUAUGUCAACAAAAAGAAUUAAUGCUUAUAUUAUCAAGAGUUGAUGAUAAUAAAAAAACGAAUCAACAAAUUGAUGAUACAGAAGCAACAACAAGUGAAAUAAAUGUUUUUAAUUUAUCACCAAAAUAUAUGGAAAAUGAUCAAUUAAGUCGUAAAAGUCCAAUGGUUGUUAUUGAUAAAAUGAAUCAUUUAAAUAAACAAAUAAUUACAAGAAAAUUAAAUAAUGAAUAUGACGAUAAUGAUGGUGCUGAUAAUGAUGUAAAAAUUGAUAAUAAUUUAGAAAAAACAAAUGAAUUAAAUAAUGAAUAUAUUGUUAAUCAAGAAUCUAGUAGUAUUAUGAUUAAUGAAACAGUAGUAUGUGAUGAUAAUGAGCAAUUGAUAAUAAAUAAUGAAGAUGUUACAAAUGUUAUUUUAACGAGAUUAGAAGCUGUACAACCUGAAGCAUUUACUGAAGAUUCAGCUGAAAGUAUGACAUUAACAACUGGUGGUGCUGUUGAUGAAGUUAGAUCUGAUGGUAGUGAUUCUGGUCUUGGUAGUGAAUUACCUGGUGAUCAAGGACCAGCACCAGCACAAGAAAGUGACUCGGAAACUUCAUUUCUUGAUAGAAUACCAGAUGAUAUUUUAACAGACAAAGAAAAAGUUGUUAAUACAUUGAAUACAUUUGAUUCUCCAUCAAGUUCAAAUUCAACAACAGUUGUAACACAACAAAAUUAUUCAUCACCACAAAAAAGUAGUUUAAAAAGACGUUUGGAUGAUUGUCUUGAGGGUGAACCAAGUGCAAAACGUAACAACACCGACGGUGAACCAUUUAAAAAAAAAAGGAAUAUUAAAUUUGAUGCUGUUACUGUUUAUUAUUUUCCUCGGUCGCAAGGUUUUACAUGUGUACCUUCACAGGGUGGUAGUACAUUGGGAAUGAGUGCAACACAUACUCAUGCUGAAAGAUUUUCAUUGAGUGAACAUGCAGCUGAACAAAGACGACUUCAUCGUGCAAGAGUUGCACAAUUAAGAUCAGAAAGAGCUGCAACAUCAGUUAUUGAAGCAGCAUCAAGUUCUGAAGAUCCAAGUGAUGAUACUGAUGAUGAACCAAGUGAUACUGAAGAACUUGAUAUUGAUAAUUAUUAUUUUCUUCAACCAGUACCACCAUGGCAAAGACGUUCAUUAUUACGUGCUGCUGGUGUACGUAGAAUUGAUGCUAAUGAAAAAGAUGAUUGUCGUGAUAUAAGAGCAAGUAGAGAACAUUGUGGAUGUGGAUGUAAAGGAUAUUGUGAUCCUGAAAGUUGUCCAUGUUCAAGAGCUAAUGUUAAAUGCCAAGUUGAUCGAGCUGGAUUUCCCUGUGGAUGUUCACGUGAUGGUUGUGCAAAUAAUUCUGGUAGAAUUGAGUUUAAUCCAGUUCGUGUACGUACACAUUUUAUUCAUACAUUAUUGCUUCUUGAAAUUGAAAAAAAACAACGUAAUGAAGAGCAACGUGAUGCAACAAAUGAACAAGAUAUUCAAGAUAUUAAUUCACGAAUACCUUUACAUGGUGAUGUAAUACAACAAACAGUAACAGAUAUUACAACAAAUGAACAAAAUUGUAUGAAUACAAGUAGUUUUACAACACUAAAUUAUGAUAAUCAUGAAACAACAACACAAAGUUGUCAAAAUAUACAUACAACAAGAGAUAAUAAUAGUUUAGAUUUAUAUGGAAUAAGAGAUGUUUGUUAUCAAACUGAUGAAACAAUUGAUAAUUCAAAUCACAAAAUACAUCCAGAAUUUAAUCCAACAUUUCAAUCAUUUACUCCUCAACAAACAACAUUUUCAACAACAAAUUAUCAAGAUUAUCAAACAUAUGAUACACUACCAUCAACAUCAUCACCAUCACAAUUUCAACCACAAUUUCAAAACGUCAAUCAAUCACAAGAUAUUAAUAAUUUUACACAUUAUUCAUAUGUACAAAAUGAUCAAAAUUCAAUUGCUAACAAUUCUUGUCAAUCACAACUACAAGAACAACAACACCAGCAACAAUCAUCAUCAUCAUCAUCAUCACAACCACAACAAGCACAACCACAACAGCAACAAAUUUAUGAUAAUAAUUUUACCCAAGAUGAUAAUAACUCUCAACAAUACACAAAUUUAAAUUCAGUACAACAACCAAUGAAUAAUGUUGUACAACAAAUGGGUAAACUUGAACCAUUCUCGGAACUUCUUGCUGGUCGUUAUUCAUAUUAUAGUGAUGUUGAGCCACAACCAAUCAAUAAUUAUCAUCAAAAUAGUAAUAAAGUUGAUGAUAAAAUUAUUGAAAGCACAAAUAUACAAAAUAAUAUUGAUGAUUGCGAUGAAAAUUUUGGUGAAAUUAUUAAAAAAUCAAUGGUUGAGACUGUUUCUGCUUGAAUAUAAAUAAUCAGUUUUAUUUAUUUUUUUUUUUUCUUUAUUUUAUAUAUACAAUUAAUGCAAAUAUAUAUAUAUUUUUUUUUUUUGCAAUAGAAAAAUAGUUAGGUGCAAUCAUGUGUCUUUUAUUUAUAAAAAAAAUUAUUAAUAUUAAUUUUAAUGAAUAAAUUUUAUUCACAAUUUUAAAAUGACUGAAAAAUACUUGGAAAUAUUAUUUUAUUUUAAAUUUAGCUUUUAUUUGUUUUAAAUAAUAUAAAAAAUAUAUUGGCAAUUAUUUGUUUUUUAUACAAUUUCAUACAAAUUAAUAAUAAAAAAUUUUUAUUUAUAAAAUUAAAUAAUAUUUCCUAGUAUUUUUUAGUUUUUAGUAUUUAUAAUAAUUAGUUGAAGAAGAAAAUGUUUUUUUUAGUAACAUAAUGAUAACUGAUUAUUAUUUUUAUUCAAGUAGAUAAAAAAAAAAAAAAAACAUUUCUUUUUAAGUAUCUUGACUAAUUAUUUUAACGGUUUUUUGGUUCGUCAAGUGAAGGCAGAAGUACCUGAGGGAAUUCUGUUGGGGCCAUGACGUCAAAAAUGUAAUAAAAAGUUAAAAAUAAAUUUAAAAAAAAUAUUGUUCCUAGUUGUUAACUAUUAAAGGAGCAAUAAUAAUUAUUUCACGAUAUUUAUAAUGUUUUUUUUUUUUAACGUGGUUGUGACCAAAUGAAAAAAAAAAAAAAAAUCAAUAUAAAGUGGGAUCAGCUUAGAAUGCAGUUUAUUAUUACGUAAUUUUAAUACUUGAAAUUAAUUAUUAUUAUUAUUAAUAAAUGCAGGUCGCGUGGUGUUGAACUUGUAAAUUUUAAUUUUUUUUUUUUCUUCUUUUUUAUAAGAGAAUUUGAAAGAAAAAGAAAAAAAACUAAAAAGACUAUUGUUUCAUUGCGAUUGUGAUAACUGAAUGAAAUGCGAUCAUAAAAAUUUAUACAAAAAUAAAUUAUUUGUUAAAAUAACAGUUGUACGUUUUAUUGACGUUACUGUUGUUUAUUAAAUAUUAAUUGGUUGUGCACAUAAUAAAAUAAACCAGAUACACAAAAAAAAA